AUGCAGAACGAUCUGAAUGUUCGAUUACCUCCAAAACCAAGAAAGAGGAGACUGGCUUGGGAAGAGGAUGGCGAAGUGGCCAUUCUUGAUGUGCAGGUGAAGUUGGCGAACUUCACGCAACGCUACAGAAAAGAGAAAUUGGCUAUGGGACCUUCUGGUGGAUCACCCUCAACGUGGCCUUUAUACGCAAGGGUGCACCAGAUAAUCGGUGGAUUUAAGGCCAACAUGUUUUGCGAGCUGACGCUUGAAAACAUCAGCGAAGCCGAUAUAGCAUCCCAGCCAUCACCACUGUCAUCACUCAGCCCAACAUUUUCCUCACCACUGGCAUCACCUCUUCCUGCUGUGCCAACCACACCGCUGCCUACGCCGUCACCGCCGCUGUCAUCACCUCUCACUCCUCUGCCAACCACACCGUCACCACCGCUAUCAUCGCCAUCAUCACCAAUGCCUAGCAGCUCAGCUUCUGCGGUUGAGCCUAAAAGAAAGAAAACAAUGGGCACUUUACAGAAGAAAGUAUUAGAAAAAUUUGAUGGGUCGUCAGCGGAGAUAAGCCAACAUAUUCAGAGGAGUGAGGAAAAUGAAAAAGAGAAGAUGAAGAUAGAAAAAGACAAAGCUGAAACACUGAGGGAGAUAGCCAAUGAUAACAAGGAG